AUGCGGCGCCGGUGCCGUUCCCGGUUUAGAGCUUCGGGCUCGGUGCCGCUGCCGCCGUGUCUCUCCCGUGUCCCUCCCGUGUCCCUCCCGUGUCCGGUGGUGGGCGCCGGCGGCGUGGGCAAGAGCGCGCUGACCAUCCAGCUCAUCCAGAACCACUUCGUGGACGAGUACGACCCCACCAUCGAGGACUCGUACCGCAAGCAGGUGGUGAUCGAUGGCGAGACGUGCCUGCUGGACAUCCUGGACACGGCGGGGCAGGAGGAGUACAGCGCCAUGAGGGACCAGUACAUGAGGACAGGAGAGGGCUUCCUCUGCGUCUUCGCCAUCAACAACAGCAAAUCCUUCGCCGACAUCAACCUCUACAGAGAACAGAUCAAGAGAGUGAAGGACUCAGAUGAUGUGCCCAUGGUGCUGGUGGGGAACAAGUGUGAUCUGCCCACGAGAACAGUGGACACAAAACAGGCCCAAGAACUGGCAAAAAGCUACGGAAUCCCCUUCAUAGAGACCUCUGCAAAAACGAGACAGGGUGUGGAAGAUGCUUUUUACACCCUGGUGAGGGAGAUCCGGCAGUACCGGAUGAAGAAGCUCAACAGCAGCGAGGAUGGGAACCAGGGCUGCAUGGGAUUGUCCUGCCUUGUCAUGUGAGGAGAUGCCAAGAAAACGUGGUUCAGGUGCAGCUGCUGGACGAGCCUCGAUCUGUGCUGCCUCUCCUGCUGAUCCCUGCAGUGUCUGGGUGCCAGGGACAGGCUCUGGGCACCAGAGUUAAUUAGCACAAGGACCUUCUCCGUGCUCCAUCUGAAGAGAACAUCCAUGGCCUCUACCUCCCUGCUCAGCUCACGGAGCAGCAGCACCUCGGGACGUGCUGGGAUUCUUCUCUCACUGUGUUACCUGGCUUUGUUCCAGAAGAAAACCAGUCACAAAAGUGAACUAUAGAGACUAAAUGCUGUGAAAAAGAUGACACUUUACCUCUAGAGUAAAAGCUAGAAGUGCUGUGUGUCCCCUGUCUGUUGGAUCCCGUGCAGUGCUGUCAGAGGAGUGGCACAGUUAGUGUCACACGGGCUUGUGCCACCAGCAGUGCCCCUGUCCCCUCUCAGCUGGGUGUCUGCUCUCUGUGCACCUGUACAGCAAAAGUGCAACAUCUCCAGUGCCAGGAGUGCCACCUACCUGAUCCUCCAUUUCUGUAAUAAAAAGGAAACCCUUUCCUGACUAAGUGCCUGUUUGCUAAGAAGAUUUGAAGUUGUCCCUUGGGUUGAGGAAAACCCCAAGGACUGGAAUUUCUUGGGAGCUCAUUGUGUCAAGCAGGCAAGUGUGCUGUGGGUGAUCUGGGCCUGAGAGGAUCCUCCAGCAGGAAUUUGGAGGCUGGAAGGUCCAGCAGGCACUUGAGAGACUCUUGGACAAGGGAGGGGACACACUGCAUCUGUGUUUUACUUUCUUUGUGGGUGGAACAGUUUAUAUUCUGUAUUGUUUUCCUGCAGCAUUCAGAUCUCUUCCAAGUUGGACCAAACCUGUCAGCUGUUCAUUUUUAACAUGAACUGCCAACAUUUCUGGGCAGCUUCUCACUAAUUAAUCUGGUAACUGGAGGUUGCUUUGGACAGCUGCUAUUAAGCUCUCUCUGUAACUUGCAAAUUGUUUUAUUCUGAAUUAUUUUCUUAUCACAGACUGUAAAGAGUCUCUUCAAAAUGUC